AUGUCACCGAGAGCAGAGAUCGGAUUCCUAGUGGGGAUCUGGUUUCCGUACAAAGGGGGACAGUAUGGAAGGGUAGACGUUGUUAGAGAUGCUGUUUUCGAUGAGACACGGCGGUAUACGACGGCGAAGAAGCUGGAAUCAGAAGAUACAGUUAGUACGCUGACAAAUGCGCUGGAAGAGAGAGAGAACUGGCCUGCGCUCCUAACAUGGGAUGAAGCUCAGUCUGAACUGAGUACCUGA